UUCUAAGGGUUCGUCGGAAAUGCGUCGGUAAAUACCGACGGAAUACCGACGGACAUUAUCAAUUUAGAGUUUCGGUUUCUUACAGGUAUGUUUUUUUUACAGUUGUAUUAAAUAUCAUAUAUAACAUCAGACAACAAAUCUACCCAUUGUAUUCUCACAGUUUUAAAACUUUGAACAUGACAUAUAUAUAAUCAUUCAAUCAAAACCGUUCGAACAACAUCAUACACUUUUAAGUUGGCUUGUGCCAGUUCUCAGAAGUUGUAACACUCAAAUAAAUUUAUAACAUUUUUUGAGAAUGUUUUAUGAUUAUAUAACAUAAUAUAUCGGUUUUAGAAAGUCGUAUAACAAAUAUAAAUAAUUUCGACACCCUGUGUAAACUCUAAACCGUAAUCCGUCGGUAUCUCGUCGGAAUAUUCCGACAAAUAACCAACGGAAUUAACUAUACCGACGAAGAACAGACGGAAAUGGUCGUCGGUAUUUAGAAAAUUACCCAGGUGAAGCUGUACCGCGCAAAGUUUCUGCGAACCGCCAAUAUUAAAAAACCGACGGAUUUCCGACGGGUAUAUUAAAUACCGACGGAAAAAACCCGUCGGUAAUCCGUCAGUUUGUUAAAUGAAUACAUAAGAGAAAAUCUCUUCUUUUUCCUCAUUUCUUCCCCUUUUUUCUCUCUCUCCGCCCAACCCCUCCUCCUCCCUCGCGAUUUCCGGCGAUUCCCUCCUCCUCCCUCGCGAUUUCCGGCUAAAUCCCCCAAAUUCGACCUCCUCUUUCACCCAGUCAUGUAAGAUUUUCAAUUCCUUUAACUUUGCUCAUGGGAUUUUAAAGGUUACAAUGUUAGUUUUAAGGUUUAUGUGAUUUUGAGAUUGAUUAGGGAUUUGGAAGUUAGUUUAGGGCCGGGAUUGAAGUUUUGAUUUAGGAUUUGUGUGAUUGAAGUUAUAGAUUUUGAAGUUAUUGAAGUUAUAAAGUUUUUUUCUAAUAAAAUGUUUUUAAUUAUAUAAAAAUCGUUUUUAUUUAUAAAAAAUUAGCAUAUGGUAUAAAAAAUAUUUUUUUCAUUAUAAAAAUUCGUUAAAUAAAUUAUAAAACACAUUUUAAUUAUUAUAAAAAUAUUUUAAUUAUAAAACGUUUCUAAAUAAUAAAAAAGCUUACUAAUGUUUUUUUUGUAGGGAUGAACCACCUCCUCUUAUACUUAGACGUCGUUCUCGCCGAGGUACUUCUUCAGUCACUCAGAGUACUCAGAGUACGUCACCCGCUAGUAGCCCAGUUGCAGCUACCACUCCUCCAGCAGCCCCCACCCCUCUAGCAGCCCGCACCCCCCCCCCUUUGUAGCUUCCGGCCCUUCUCAAAGUUCAAGAGGAGGAGGAUUGCCUACUACGAUGACUGUUGCGGAGUUAGUUAGGCAACCUGGCCGAGAAUCGCUUCAGCGCCUUGCUCCAAAUUAUCUUAUUGUCCCAAACACCACUUGGUAAGUAUUUGUUUUAAAAGGUUCUUUCAUUUUAUAUUCAUCUUUUACAUUUAAUUGUGUUUGGUUUUAUUUCGUAGGUUUGAUUUGUCUGGCAAUGGUAUCACCAACAGCCUUCUUAGGAUGGAGUACACGAUGCUAAAGCGUGGUUAUCCAACUUUCUAUGACAUGCCUGACGAAGAUCAAGAACUUUGGUUUCGGCAAUUUGCGGUAUACGUUGUCAAUUUUUAAUAUUAUAAAAAAAAUUCUACAAUUGUAACUUUCUAAAAAAAUAUUUGUAUUUAUUUUGCAGCAAGAGUUCACUUGGGAAUCAGGGAUUACAGAACAAGUGAAAAUUGUUUUCCGCCGCAAAGCAGCUUCGCACUACACCAAGCGGAUCAAUGAGUGGAAGCAAAAAUUCGAUGUUGGCGAGGUCCCGAAGCACAUCAACCCAGACGUUUGGUGGGAUUUGUGUGCUCAUUGGACGAAAGAUGAGACAAAGUCUUUGUCGACAAUCAACUCGCAAAAUCGGUGUAGCGGGCGUGACGGGAAAGGGAUGUUUGUCCACAACUUAGGGGCAACAAGUUUACAGACCCGAGCACUUCAGCUAGUAAGUUUCUAAUCUGAUUUUCUUAUUCAUUUUUAAAUAUGUGAUACUAAAUAUAUUGUUUUUAGAUGAAGGAAAAUGGUGGAGUUCCCGUAGAUGAUUUUACCCUGAUGAAGAACGCCUAUACCAACAAGAAGACUGGGGAGAUUCAGGAUGGACUUAUUAAGGGCGUAAUCCAGGUCGUGGAAAAUCGAAAAGUGGAUCUCCUCGCGACUCAAGCUUCUAUGUGUGAAGAAGGCGAUUCUGCAUCUUCCAACUCCUUAACCGUAGAGCAACUCAACAACCUUGUUCUCGAGGCUGUUCCAAAGAAAAAGGGCCGUUAUGUUGGAUUGGCUCGUUCGACCGGAGGGGCUUCUUCUUCUUCUUCAGCUCACUAUCCACUCGUUGAUGAGCUUAUGGAGCAGAUUAAGACCAAGGAUACGGAGAUUGAGUUUCUGAAGAAGGACAAUGCUGAAAUCCGGGUUGAGCUGCAGCAAAACCGAACGACUAUGGAGGAAAACAAUGUUCUCACCCAGACCUUGUUGCAGAAGUUUAGGACCCGAUUCGGUGAAGACUUUUAGUUGUUUUUUAAUUUUCAAAAACUUUUUAUAACUUUAAUGUAUAAUAAUGUUGAAUUUAUAUAUCUAUAAUGUUUUUAAAUUCUAAAUUAUCAAUUUUUUCCUGAAAUUAAAUUAAGAAUUAUAAAAAAAAAUUUCUUUAAUUAAAAAAGGAAUACCGACGGAUAGAGUUAUCCGUCGGAAUUUCUACAUUUUUCCGACGAAUAAGAUCCAUCGGUAUUUUCAUGAAAUUCCGACGGAAUAAAGUCGUCGGUUUUAUUUUCAGUUACCGACGGACUUUUUUCGUCGGUAUUUUCUGAAUAUUCCGAUGAACACCCUUUGUCGGUAUUUUCUGAAAUUUCCGACGAAUUCUCUUCGUCGGUAUUCUCUAUAAAUACCGACGGAUAUGCAGCGUCGGAAAUUUUAGAAAAACACCGACGGAAUACGUUCGUCGGUAUUUACCGACAAAUUUCCGACGAAUAUCAGUAUACCGACGAGAUGAUACCGACGGACAUUUUUCGUCGGUAUUCUAUCGGUAUGUGGCUUUCCCGAAGAGAUUAUGACGGAUUUGUCCAUCGGUAUCGCGCAGUUUUCUUGUAGUGAAAUAGGAAUGGUAAUGCGAACAUGUAUCAUACUACACAAUAUGAUAGUAGAAAAUGAACGCAAUGGAUACACUCAGUAUGAUACAUCAGAGUUUGAAGAAGGAGCCUCGAGUAGAAGUUCACAGGUGGAUAUGUCAUUUUCUCCCACGACUUCAAAUCUCCGUACUAUGCUUGACAUACGGCGGCGUGUUCGUGACCCGCACAUACAUGCACAAUUGAAAUAUGAUUUGAUUCAAAAUAUUUGGAACAAGUUUGGUAAUGAUGAAGAUGUUUAGUUAUUGUAUGUUUACAUUUAGUCUUUCAAUAAAUGAAAAAAUUUAUUUAAUAUUAAAUAAAAUUUUAAUAUUUCAAAGAUUCAAAUAAAAAAAAAAAAAUUCUAAGGACUCCAUUUCGGAUAACA